AGCUCUGCAUCCGCGCAAUGAAACCACGCAUGUGUUCAUCUGUGCUGCGGCAACGUGCAUCAAUUCCUCUUUGACCCCAGAGUUAAUCUGCAUUCAGAUUUAGAUUGACGCUCCAAUAUAUUUCUCAGUUGCUGGAUUUUAGGCUAUUCCGUUGCCGCUGUAUUUAUGUAGUUGUUACUGUUAUUUCUUAAAGUCGGGGAAGCUUGAUUAGAUUCAAUCGGUUUUGUGGCCGUUUUGCUCAACACCGCAGAGGGUCUACAUUUUCCGAACCGAACGCUAACACAAGUUGUUUAGCCUAUGCUACGUGCGUGAUGUACCACAGUGAGGAUAGACAGUAGUCCAUCUGCAAUAAAGACGAAAAGAAGAUGGUGUUCAUUGCUCCUCCAAAUGUAGCAUCUAAAUGCUCGAAAGCGAUGGCGAAGCCUUCCUUCUCUCUAAAGCUAUUUCUUUGGGUGUUUUUACUCGCUAAUCUUCCUACAAGAUCCCUCCAGACUGAAAAUGACGAUGAUGUGACAAACAAAACGUGGGUGUUGACUCCCAAAGUGUAUGAGAGCGAUGUCACCAACAUCCUAAACAGCCUACUAGAUGGCUACGAUAACAAACUGCGACCAGAUAUAGGAGUAAAACCAACCGUGAUCCACACUGACAUGUUUGUCAACAGUAUUGGCCCAGUGAAUGCUAUCAAUAUGGAGUACACCAUCGACAUAUUUUUUGCCCAGACAUGGUAUGACCGGAGGUUAAAGUUCAACAGUACCAUGAAGGUCUUGCGUCUCAACAGCAACAUGGUGGGCAAGAUCUGGAUCCCUGACACCUUCUUCCGCAACUCCAAGAAGGCCGACGCCCACUGGAUCACCACACCCAAUCGUAUGCUCCGGAUCUGGAACGAUGGACGGAUACUCUACACACUGCGGUUGACUAUUGAUGCCGAGUGCCAGCUUAAACUGAACAACUUCCCAAUGGAUGAGCACUCCUGUCCGCUGGAGUUUUCCAGCUAUGGCUACCCCAGAGAGGAGAUAGUGUACAAGUGGAAGAGAAGCUCCGUGGAGGUGGGAGACAUCCGCUCCUGGAGGCUCUACCAGUUCUCCUUCGUUGGCCUGAGGAAUACCAGCGAGAUUGUCAGGACUGUGUCAGGAGAUUACGUUGUGCUGACAGUCUUCUUCGACUUGAGCAGAAGGAUGGGUUACUUCACCAUUCAGACCUACAUCCCCUGCACUCUCAUCGUUGUUCUCUCCUGGGUCUCCUUCUGGAUCAACAAGGAUGCUGUGCCUGCUAGAACAUCCUUAGGCAUCACCACUGUGCUGACCAUGACUACGCUGAGUACCAUAGCCAGGAAGUCGCUGCCUAAGGUGUCCUACGUGACGGCCAUGGACCUCUUUGUGUCCGUAUGCUUCAUCUUCGUCUUUGCCGCGCUGAUAGAAUACGGAACACUGCACUACUUUGUAAGCAACAGGAAGCCAAGCACAAAAAAGGACAAGAAGAAGAAAAACCCGCUCCUCCGGCUAUUUUCCUCAAAGCAGACCCCUACGGUGGACAUACGCCCUCGCUCAGCCACCGCCAUCCAGAUGAACAACGCCACCCACAUGCAGGAGCGGGAUGAGGAGUAUGGCUACGAGUGCCUGGACGGCAAGGACUGCACCAGCUUCUUCUGCUGUUUCGAGGACUGCCGCUCUGGGGCCUGGCGGCAUGGGCGGUUGCACAUCCGUGUCGCCAAGAUAGACUCGUACGCUCGCAUCGGUUUCCCCACCGCUUUCGGUCUCUUUAACCUGGUUUACUGGAUCUCCUAUCUCUAUCUCUAGAUCCAGCGUGUAGCCAGACGUAGAAUAUACGUUCUGCUCCAACAAGACCAUUUUUAAGAAGGGGACCCACUGAAAUGUUUUCCUUUUAUUUUUGUUUCUCUUUUAUUUCCUUAUUUGAUCAUUCAUAUUUUUUAAAGCAAAAGUUGUAGCAAACCCAAUAGGCAUGCAGGGAUCUGGAGUCUGAUAGUGGAACUACGACUGUGCUUUGUGUAAGCAAGAACCUAAGCUCACCAUAGUGAUUCUGCAUGACUACGUUUCCCAGAUUCCCCUUGGUCAGGUAUUGGUUUAUGUAGAAGUUAUUCAAUAUCAGGGCCACUUCAAUGUUUUAUUUGUAUCUGCCCUUAGUCAGCAUAUUAGAUCACAGUUUUUUUGUAUUAACAAGUUACGCAUGCGCUACAGAAGACAAAUGUCAGAUAUGACAUCAGCUUAUUUUCACAUGUUUUUAUUUAUCGCUAUAUUCAUCCAUCCAAAAUACAAAAAGCACUUUAAUAGUUAUAUAGGUUGAACAGUAAGUAUGAUUUUACUUUGAUGUUUCUUUUAGCUAACUGUUAAACAUGACUUUAGCAGUGUUAAACAUGACUUUAGCAGUGUUAAACAUGACUUUAGCGAUGUUAAACAUGACUUUAGCGACGUUAAACAUGACUUUAGCGAUGUUAAACAUGACUUUAGCGAUGUUAAACAUGACUUUAGCAGUGUUAAACAUUACUUUAGCCGUGUUAAACAUGACUAGCAGUGUUAAACAUUACUUUAGCCGUGUUAAACAUGACUUUAGCAGUGUUAAACAUGACUUUAGCAGUGUUGAACGUGACUUUUUUUCAUGUGUGGUCAGAGCGCUAGAAAAGACUGUUUAUGGUCGACUGUACAGACACUGUGUAUAUAUGUUAUUAUGUAGUGGUUUACAUUUAUUGCAUGCACCUUUCUGGCCAAAAUUCAACACGUUUUAAGGUAUUCUGUUGUUGGCUAUGGAUGCAAAAAAAGAACACGGCUGAUUAUUCAUCUUUUUUUGAGGAAAAGUAGAAAAUGAGACAAAAAUACUUUCAGAUGUUGACUUCUAAGAUCAUGUUCAUCUCCACCAAUAUGUAUUAAGACAGGAUCAAUACAGACCUUACAGGCAAAAAACGUUAUAUAAACUUUUAUGAACUUAUAGUGUUCUGAGGACCUAAUCUUCCUUUUCAAACACUUCAAUUGACACAGGUGUGGCUGUGCUGGCUCCUAUGGGAAGUGUGUAGAUAAGAAAUAGGCAUCAAAAUCAUCCCAAAAAUAUUCUGCUCCUUUUUCUCCCCGACAACCACUUGGUAGACGUGAGUAUUACACAAACACAGCAAGCAGUGUUUAACUUCAUUCGGCUGGCACGUUGAGUGUCUACAAUGGAAGCGGCUGUAGUUCUGAAUGCCUACACCCAUCAAAAUGCCCAAACUCUCAGUGACAGAAAACACACUCCCAUUUGCCAUAAGACUGAACAGCAUUGCUUAGUCACUGCAUUAAAACAGAUCCAUCUGUCUCAAUGGGUGGUUUAGGGGGACUUAAGGCAAAAAACUAACCACUUAACUGGAGGAAUAUUGCUGAACUUGACAGCUCCGUGGAGAAGAAAGCAUCUGCUUGUGACCAGACCAGAUGCAUAAGCCUUACUCUCUUUGAAGAGACACACUGUGGAAAUUACAAUGAUCUGACGCUGAAAACAUAUUUAAAGAUCUGGGAGAAGUUCAGGAAUUAAUUUUGUUUUGUUUUGUUGUUGUUUUUUCCAGUGUUUAUGAUGCAUCAUUAAAUCAUUAAUGUGUCAGUACGACAUUACUCAUGUACUGUAUAGUGUAGCACAUUGUGAACGUCAAAAUAAGUACUCAAACUGCUUUGAGUACUAAUGUGCUUCACAUCAUACGGUACAGAGGUCUUACAAUGCAACUUGAGGGAUAUUUAUAUACCCAAAUCAUAGCCAACCGUUUCCAAACGAGUACCUUAGGUAAAGGCAGCCCAAGGAUGUUAAAGAGCAGUGCUUGAAUCGAAAUAAAUAAGUCAUUAUGCAUAUUGUAAGUCACAUGAUAUUAUGUACAUAGUCGAUCACAAAAGGAAACCAACACUUAACAAACCCUUACAUUUUUUAAUGGGGAACUUAUUGGUUUGUUGUCUUUCCUUCAUUUAACCCUUUUCAUUUAUAUCAUUACAUUAUGCUUGAACCUGUGGGAUAUUGUGGGGUAUUUUUCAAGGAAAUUGUAUUUCUCUAUUUAGAUGGCCCUUAACAAAACAGAGAUGGAGAAUGUCAUUUGUCAACGAGACACACUUUCGUUCUAUGUAGAAAUUAAUUUAUUGUGUCGUAGUUGUAUUAUUUUCCAUGUUGUGGUCUACAUAGGCGUUAAAGACCAGUUAUAGUCUGUUCAUUGAAUGUUAUGGCUAAAAAGGUAGGUGGCAAAGUUACUUAUUAACCAGCCUCAAUUGAAAAUAUAUUUUCAGACAUUUUACUGUGAUGUUAGCUACUUCCUGAGGUACUGAACAGAUGUGCUACUCUAGAGUGAUCUUCAGAGUUUCUGUAUUAACUGUACUACUAAUGUUAGUUGAAUGAAGUGGAAACUGAAGCGCUUUCAUUCACUAGUGGUCCUAUAUAUUGUACCUGUUGCGAAGCUAUCACUCAGUAACAGGGUGUGUCUUAAGCAUGUAUGUUGUUUUUUGCACUUCUUGAAAAGAAAGGAAUUUAUUUUUUGGGCCACUUGAUAGUUUACUUAAGGUCCAAUGCAGCCUAUUUCUGGGUAACAAUUAAGAACCUUACUGUGAUAGUUUUUUCAAAAAUGAACAAAAAUAGCUUCUUAGCGAAGAGCAAUUUCUCAAGCAAGAAUUUUGCUAGGACCUUCUGGGAGUGGUCUGAAAACUAUCUGUGAAUGGCGGAGAGGUUUGGAACUCUCUUAUUUACAUUUUAGUAACUUAGGAGACGCUCUUAUCCAGAGCAAUUUACAGGAGCAAUUAGGGUUAAUUGCCUUGCUCAAGGGAACAUCGACAGAUUUUUCACUUAGUCAGCUCAGGGAUUUGAAUCAGCAAGCUUUUGGUUGCUGGCACAACGCUCGUAACUGCUAGGCUACCUGAUGUCACCAGGCAGGCCAAAACUGAAAUUACAGGUGGUCUUUUCAAACAGCUCUUACACUAAAAGGGCAUUAUCAUAAUUUUCUCAAUUUUACAGUAUUAUUCCAACCUCAUAGUCUGAAAAUGUAUUUUUAAAAAACAAAACAUUUUAGACUGCACUGGGCCUUUAAUGUGUAGUGUUUACUUCUUUUAAAAUGUAAAGGAAUGAAAGUUUAUGGAAGAACAACUAAGUGCCAAACUUUGACACAAAUGUGACAUAUCCUUUCAGAAACCCACAGUAUCCAAUGAUCUCUAAAUCGAAAUGAACUGUUUUGCUGCACUGGAGUUUUUGGAAAUAAUGUGUGAACGAGAGAAACCCGUUUUGUGUUCUUAGAGAAAAUAUAUAAAAAAACAUUUUUAUAUAAUUUACUAUUGACACAUACAGCAUGAAAAUAUGACACAAAUGUGACUUUCAUUUGCAUAUCUUUAACAUUUUCUCAUGGUCUAUUGCUUAUGAACAAAUAUCCAGGCACAAGGACUAAACCAUGAGUUAGCUUUAUCUAAAUGUCUCCUUCUUUCAGCACACUUUCAUAAAUUCAAGUUUCACCAAUGAAAAGAGAAUGAGUUAUCAUAAGGCAUCAUGUUUUGUUUGUUUAUAUGAAGGACUGAGUGCAGUCAUAAAGUAGAGAUGUUUUAAACUGAGGAAGUAGUUACUGAGGUAUCAAGCCAGAGUGGAACAACUCUAUUUGGUUUACAAAUACCCAACGACCAACCAGUCAUUAGAGCUUGAGAGGUCAUGUUAUUGAACGGGGAUGGCAUAUAAAAUCUGAUUAUUUCUAUCAACUAUUUAAAUAUUACUUUACUAUAACCACAAAAAAACAUUAUUUUUGUAUUUUUGUGAUUUCUUGAUUUUCUUGUGCUAGUUUACAGUAUGGUACAUACAGUUGUAUAAACUGUUGAAGGUUUUGGAAGUCUGCUGGUACUUGCAAAGAUAUCAUAAAAUAUACCGUAUUUGCACAAGAUAUAUAGGUCAAUCACAAAGAUGAAUAUAUUUGACAUUUAAGUAAUGUGGUAUUAAUCAGCUUAAUUUGGCCUCAUGCCUUGCCUCUGUCUAUUCCACCAUCACAUUUAUGUUAGAUGAAGACUCAACAAUCACGGAAGACCGAGUUAUUUUAUUUGGGGCAAACUAUAAAUAAGACCCAUGUGAAGAUCACAUGUAGAUAAUUUAUAUUGUUAUAUAUUUUGACUGGGAAAAACAAUCAAAUAUAACACACCAUCAUUGCUGUAUUGGGUACCUGGGUUCCAAAACCAAAAUAAAUAUAUUAUAAAUUCCAUUGAUAUGUUAGUUGUUUGCCAUCUCUGUAUAUUCCUUGAGGAUAUUGAUGAAUUAUUCUUGGGGUCUGCAUAAUACACUAAAUGUACUGAAAAUAUCCUUUUCAUAAGGGAAUUGCACACAGCUGUGUGAAUUUUAUAAUAAAAUGAUUGCAUUUAUCAA